AUGGGUAAGGUGAAGAAAAGAUCCACUGCUCUUCGGCAUAAACGAAAGCGACCUGGAGAUUGUCCUACUGCCUGCGCAGCGAUCGCGGUCAUGGGAACCACCCGCGCGCGGUGCUCACCUGUUCAAGUGGGCAUUGGAAGCCAUACAGUGGGGAGGGAGCGGGCAAUGGUUCAGCAUUGCCGGGGACCGGCACAGAGGAAGCGCUGGUGGCGAAGGGUUCGAGAAGCAAGCCCCAAAGAUCUGCUGCUCCAGGCACCACAGCUGAACCCAGCGACCAACCCACCUCCCCCCACAGAGCUAGACCUGGGCGCGCAGCGGGAGCGGUGGGAGAAGUUCCGGAGGGUGCGAGGCCUCAGCUGCGAGGAUGCAGCCAAGUUCCUGUUAGACACCUUCGAGUUCCCGGGCCUGGUCUACCACACCCGGGGCUGCCACUGCGGCGCGAUCCGUUUUGCAGCCUGGGCCCCUGCGGAUCUGAGGGUCAUGGAGUGCGGAUGCCGGCUGUGUCAGAAGAAGCAGCACCGCCACUUCCUAGUCCCGGCCUCGCGCUUCACGCUGCUGCUGCUGCAGGGCGAGGAAAGCAUGGUCACUUACUCGUCCACCACGCACCCGGCGCUGCACAGCUUCUGCAGCAGAUGUGGUGUCCAGAGCUUCCACGCAGCUGUUUCCGACCCUCGCGUGUAUGGCGUGGCCCCGCACUGCAUGGACGCAGGCACCGUGUGCAGCGUGGUCAUCUAG